AUGACAUGGGUAGCAGUGAGGCCUGAUGCAUCACUGGCCGCGGUACUUGUCAUAAUCCUCUUCCUCACGCCCGUCGAAGGGUACGCCGUGCGAGCAGGGCGCGCUCUGAAGCUGGGGAAGGAGAAAGUCACCUAUCUCCACUUUUUCCUACAUGACACCAUCUCCGGCGAAAACCCCACCGCCGUACAGGUUGCCAAUCCCAACAGCACCCGUUUCCCCUUCGGUUUUGGUAGCGUCUUCGUCAUCGACGACGUCCUCACGGAGGCUGUAGAGCGCUCCUCACCGGUCGUCGGCAACGCCCAAGGCAUUGACGUUCUGACAGGGCUAGAUAAGUUCUCCCUCGUCAUGACGGAGAGAGCUCCCGGUGGACUUCGCAUUCACCACCGGGAAGUACAAAGGAAGCUCUUUCAGCGUGAUGUCCAGGAACCCAAUCACAGAGACGAGGAGAGAGCUGGCGGUGGUCGGCGGAAGGGGCAAGUUCCGGCUGGCCCGCGGCGUCGCCCAACUUACCACGCGUUUGCUCAAGUAUCCCGACGCCAUCAUCGAGUACAACGUCACCCUGUUUCACUACUGA